AUGCUACAGGUCAUAUUAAGAGAACUAGUCGCUAUUACCAUAUUUGGGUGUUUGUCAAUUUUAGAUUUAUAUCUCAAAGAACACAUCACCAUCGGUAGAAAUUUUAAAUUAGUCAAAACGCAACUUGUGUAAGUUUUCUGUCCACCCCCCUUUUGCGGAAUAAUGGUAUGCUCCCUCUUUUCAAUGGUCUGUACUGUGCUGCUGUGUUUGGUCUGUCCCUCUAGACCCCCAGCGAUUUGGAGAGCGGCAAGCUGGAAGUGCGCAUGUAAAACAAGGCACAUUUGGGAGAUAGGGAGCAUUGUCCGUUUAGGAGCACGAGUAAGUCUUCCGCCUCUGCCGACUUUCAGAGCUGCACCCGACUUGAUUGUUUUGCCUGGACUGGAAAAAUAUCGCACAGCGGUUAUAUCCCCAAAUACCUGAGGUUUGGAAAACAAACAAAGAGGAUAUCCUAGAAGUUUGCGAUCUUCGCCCACAUCACCUUUAUUCUCAUGGAAAUGUAGACUUAUCCUAAACACGAAUGGUUUGGGGAUAGUUAUAUGGAGUCUGAGUUGGAACUGGGAGCAGUUUUCGAACGGAUCAAGGUGGGAGACACAGUUGAAAAACUUUCCCUUGUUCCCCGCGGAAGAACAAGGCGGCGACUGAGCAGGGUUGUUGUAAAGCGAUCUUUACGCACGGUCUGCGCAGACAGAUUCGUAAAAUCCAAGAUGCGCCUGUUAAGCACGUCGUGCGGAUGUAACAGCGGAGAAAUCCGAGGCAGAACGCAGAAGUCCGGUAUGAUGCAUUUACUUUUCCUACUCGCAGUCGUGCUGUCCUGCCACGGCUGUCCGGACAGAUGCUUGUGCUCCUCGCAAACUGUGAAAUGCCAAAACCAGGACUUGGACGCGAUUCCAGAAUCUUUACCGCCCAAUACCAAAAUUCUGUUCGUCACAGGAAACAACAUUCCUAAUAUUAGUGUGGAUUCUUUCCCAACCGUCCUGGAACAGCUAACAGAUCUCUAUCUCAGUGGGAAUGAGAUUGAAUCUGUGGGUGCAAUGGUAUUUGAGAAACUGCCAAACCUUGUGCGGCUGGACUUGAGCAACAACAAUAUCCUGACAUUCAGUGAAAGAGCAUUUCCUGCUGACAAUAAACUGCAGCUCUUAAACCUCAGUAGGUCUUUUCUCAAUCAUUCCUACAUGGAUGACACCCUAACUGUCCUGCAGCGUGGAAACCUCCACAUGCUGACGGUCUUGGACCUGUCCAACAAUGAUCUUGUGAUUCUUCCAGGCGACAUAUUCACAGGUCUCUCCAACCUGGUCAACCUCAGCAUGCAGAACAGCUCCAUUAUCUCCUUCCUGAACGGGACAUUGAAGGUGCCCCCGCUGCGUGACCUUGACCUGAGGGACAACAGCCUGAAGUAUCUGUCACCCACCACCCAGACAGAAUUCAACCUCAAGCCUGGCCUCCGCCUCUGGCUGGUGGGGAACCCCUGGUACUGCGACUGUUCCAUUGAGGAGACGCUGGCGUGGCUGAAAAACUCCACUCAGGUCGUUGACAUUCAGAACCUGACCUGCGCCUUCCCCGAGGCCCUGAGACGCCAGGCGCUGAUGCAGGUAGAGCAAUCGCAGCUGAAAUGUUUAGGCGACAUGGAGAGCGUGCUGGAGACUUCUUAUGCUUUCCUGGGGCUGGUGCUGGCACUGAUUGGCGUCAUAUUCCUGCUGGUGCUCUACCUGAACAGAAAAGGCAUCAAGCGGUGGAUGUACAACAUCCGGGAUGCUUGCAGGGACCACAUGGAGGGGUACCAUUACAGGUACGAGAUUAACUCUGACCCCCGUUUGGCCAACCUGAGCAUCAAUUCGGAUGUGUGAUCCAGGACGGGACACUGUCUAGGACCCCGCAGUGAGAUAUGAAAUGACUUAAACUAUUAAGAUUUGCAUGAAAGUCUUCCUGCCCUUCCCCUCUUAAUUAAUCCCUCUCACGACCUCCAUUCAACCACUGCCGCAUGUCCUGUACGAGUACCUGGCAGCUGUGAAGUCAACUGCAUUUCUUCCGUGUACCAUUGCAUGGACAAUGAAUCAUGGCAAAGAGUUUUUUUUUUUUUUGGAGGGUUACAGAGAUUGAUAUGUUCUAUUUUUACUUUUCUUAAAGGAUAAACGGAUGGAGUACAUUGACUUUUAAGAGAAAGAAUUACCUGGCAAAAACACAUACUGCUGGCCAUUGUAUCCUUCUCAUUAUGCCUCUGCUGCAGAGAAAUGCUAUACUGCUUGUUUAUAAGUUUGUUCUUUUUAAUAUGUGAAUUUGUGAUAUACAGUAAGCCUUUUCUUGAAUGACUAUAGUGCACAUUGCAUAAUUUUGGAAUUUAGUAAGUGGAUGUGAUUGCUCUUUUUUUUCUGUGAAGAUAUUCAGCUAAAUAAAAUGCCUCUGGAUCGAUGGUA